UGCUGUUAGGUUAAUUUAUUAAAUUUAAGAUCUAAGAUUGAAACGUUAAGCCUUUUUUAUAUUUUUAUUACAUUUUAUAUUUUUGCUGGACGUGUCCCGCUGUUGCGUUUCAUCCAUGGCGCCAGGCUCCAGUCAGGUUCUGCCUGUACCGAGUGGCUUGUUCAGCUGCAGCCGUACGUCAAACGGCGUCGUGUUCGGCCGGGUUCGGCCCGGUGCUGCUGACGUCACGCAGAGACGCCAGGCCCACGUGCGACCAACCGGGCUCGAGCCUCGGGGAGGGUCCGCGCGCCAGGCAGUGCUCGCGGCGCAGGCCAGCCCACUGCGCGGCCCCGGGCACCGAGCCGAGCAGCGUCGGUCCGUCGCUCCUAUAUAAACACGCAGCGGCUCCUCCGCUCAGAUCCGUCGCCGUUUGAUGUCACGCCGCGGCUCCCUCCCCUCCCCACCCCGUCCACGAUGACUCGCGAGGAAGAUGCGCCGCUCUGAAUUUUGCGCCGACCUUCGCCUGCGCGCAGCAGCAGCAGCAUCGGAGCCUUGUGACGCGCGUCGCCGCCGCCUCGGGAGCCUCGGCUCCUGCCGCCGUCCCACUUCGCCUCUCCGCGCCGCUAGAAGCACAGGUGCCGCCGCCGCCGCCGCCGUUCUAGCCGCUCACCUCUGAUUUUCCUUCCAACCCACCAAGACCGAGGCAGAUGCCCGUCGCUCUGUCAGCCCGGCGUGUACUAUGGUGGACUUUCCAUCCUUCAGCCCGUACUGGCCUCUCCUCCGCUUUCUGGUGCCUCUGGCCAUCACCAAUGUCGCCAUCGACCUCGGGGAACAGGCCCUCAACAGGGGCAUAGCCACAGUCAAGGAGGAUGCGGUGGAAAUGCUGGCCAGCUACGGCCUGGCCUACUCCCUCAUGAAGUUCUUCACGGGGCCCAUGAGCGACUUCAAGAACGUGGGCUUGGUGUUCGUCAACAGCAAGCGGGACCGGAGGAAGGCGGUGCUGUGCAUGGUGGCGGCCGGCGUCAUCGCCUUCGUCCUGCACAUCUUGAUAGCCUACACAGAUUUAGGAUACUACAUCAUUAAUAAGCUCCACCAUGUGGACGACUCUGUGGGGGACAAGACGAGGAGGGCCUUCCUGUACCUGGCCGCGUUCCCUCUGCUCGACGCGAUGGCCUGGAUUCAUGCAGGGAUCCUCCUCAAGCACAAGUACAGCGUCAUAGUGGGCUCUGCCUCCAUCUCAGACGUCGUCGCCCAGAUCGUGUUCGUGGCCAUUCUCCUCCACAGCAACCUGGAGUGUGUGGAGCCUCUGCUCAUCCCCAUCCUCUCCCUGUACAUGGGUGCCUUGGUCCGUUUCAGCAUCGUGGGUCUGGGUUACUACUGCAACAUCCACGACAACAUCCCCGACUCUAGUGGGAUUGACGUCGGGGGCGACGCCACCAUCAAGAAGAUGCUGAGCUUCUGGUGGCCCCUGGCCCUGAUCCUGGCCACUCAGCGCAUCAGUCGACCCAUCGUCAACCUCUUUGUGUCUCGGGACCUUAAGGGGACCUCUGACGCUACCGAGGCCGUGGCCGUGCUCACAGCCACCUACCCGGUGGGUCACAUGCCGUACGGGUGGCUGACCGAGCUGAGGGCGGUGUACCCGGCCUUCGACAAGAACAACCCCAGCAACAAGAUGAACGCCGGCAGCCCCGUCACCAAGUCGCACAUUAAAAAGUUUACAUUCUGCUGCCUGGCUCUGUCGCUCACGCUUUGCUUCGUGGUGUUCUGGACCCCACACGUGUCGGAGAAGAUCCUGGUGGACGUCAUCGGCGUGGACUACGCCUUUGCUGAGCUGUGUGUGGUGCCGCUCCGGAUAUUCUCCUUCUUCCCGUUGCCAGUCACCGUUCGGGCUCAUUUGACUGGAUGGCUCAUGACCCUGAAAAAGACCUUUGUGCUGGCGCCCAGCUCGGUCCUCCGCAUCAUCGUGCUCAUCACCAGCCUAGUUGUGCUGCCUUAUAUGGGGGUUCAUGGUGCCACGCUCGGCGUCGGGUCCCUCCUGGCCGGGUUCAUCGGGGAGUCUACGAUGGUUGCCAUAGCAGCGUGCUAUGUUUACCGCCAACAGAGAAACAACGAGAUGUCCAACGAGCUGGUGGUGGAGGGUGAGGACUCGGCCCCGAUGAGCGAGGUGUGCCCCAGGGCUCCCAUGGACGCCAUCGAGGAGCUGCAGGAGGAGGAGGAGCAGGAGUGAACCUGUGUUGUGGGAGGAGACGGGAAAGCCGACCUCCACGAGAAACUUUGAAGAGGAGUGUUGGAGACGAGGGAGGACCUGGCCUGUCCGAGGUUCUCCCAGAAGAACUGAACUUUUCUGUGACAAGGUCGUCUCCACACGACCCUACACACCAUUCAAGCGCACACUGUAAAGGAAGCCAUGCACGUGCCCAUGUCCAUCCGUCUGUGUAAAUACCUUUGUCUUCCGACCUUUUCAACAUCUCUCACUGUUUGGCAUCAGCGGGUGUAUUAACCACUGUCACGUGUUUACUGGUAAACAAGGGAAAUCGACGCAGGGGAACCUUUCCUCCUCAGCAGUGACGGCAAAACAUCUGUAAAGUGCUGGUCGAGUUGCCAAAAUUCAGAGUUUAUUAUUUAUGUAAAGAUUAAGCAGCAAGGCCUUGCUUGAAUUCCAGUGUAGACACGUUGUGGGACUUGUUGGCUUGUGCAGUCGUAUUCUACAUACAAGGGUGUACAGAUUAUUGUUGUUUUUCUAUAGGUGAUGCAAUGUGUAUAUUUAAUAGACCAGAGGGGUCGGGAAUCCUUCGUCUUAGUCGCUUCAGGAAAUAUUCAGAUCCCUUCAUAUUGUGCCGAUAUAAAUUCAGAAUGUCAAAAUAAAAGCCUUUUUACAAACAUUAAAUCAGAAAUGUAAAUCCCUCAUUUAAUUCUACAUCUUGUGUGAUUUUUUAAAUACAAUAAGUCUCCACAAGCCUGUCCUGACCGCUCUGAUACGACGUGUGCGUCUCAGCUCGCAUCCUCAGGUCUCCACAUGCUUCACGAGGUUUCAGUCUGAGCCUUGGCUCAGCCAGCCACCGGCUGGUCUGUGCACAAAGUGUGGGGGUCUGAAUAGCUGGAGAAGCCACUGUUGUGUGUGUGUGUUACAAAGUACCGUAUGAUUGUUCACUCUCCAUGCAGUCUGGGAGUCCUUUUGUUUUGCAUCUCUCUGGUAGCGUUCAGACUGUCGUAUGUACUGUAUAUACUGUAUAGGCAUUCUUAUUUGGCAAAUAAAUAGCUUUCUUAUUA